AUGAAUCUGGUUUAUAUUCCCAACUUUGUGGUCAUUCUAUUUAUAAACGUAUAUCCACUGCGGGCGUCAGUCAAAGAUUUUCAGUGCACAUUUGGAUCCAAUGUGGGGCUGCGCAAUGCCACGUUCUGUCACGUUGUCAUUCAGCAGGACGUGACAGGAAAGGCUGUCAGUGUGGGGAGUGGCGCCACAGUGUGUGGGGAUUAUAAAGGUGUGGUUGCCCACUACAUCCUGGCCUCUGCUGCCGAUGUGCUUCCUGCACUGGCUAUUUCGCUCGGCUUUAACAACAUCGGCGUCAACGACAGCCAUGUUGUCGGGCCAUACAAGGCAUGUCCAAACAUCAACACAGAUGGCUACACGUGUUACGCCGUGUGUAGGUUCCAUGUGUGCUCCUCGGGGAACUUUGGACCGCCCGCCUGCAAGUCUGUCUGUGGCUGUAAGCAUGACGUCAUGUGCGACAUCGUCAACGGGUCGUGCGCUGACGGCCAGUGCAAGGACGGCUUCUACAAGCUGCCCCUCUGUCAGGAGUCGUGCAACUGUUACACUAACGCCCACUGUGACGCCGACGGCCGAUGUCCAUUCGGAUGCCGGAAGGGGUGGACAGGGGCGGACUGCCAGCAGCGACUCUGUCGCGUGGGGUUCGCGGUCCCGCCGGACUGCAAGCACGUCUGUCAUUGCGAGGACGUCAACGACUGCGACAUCCUCACCGGAAGAUGCGCGGGGAAAUGCGCAGAAGGCUGGGGAGGGCGGUUCUGCGCAGUACAAUGCGCAUUGGAUGAAGGAUGUGAAGUAUCCUGCCUUUGUUCCGACCCCGACUGUGACGAACCUCCAGGAAGAUGCAAGUGUAACCCGGGCUGGAAGGGGAACUUCUGCGAGGAACGCGCAUGCCCGUAUGGAUAUUUCGAGCCGCCGGAGUGUUCCAAAAAAUGCCACUGUGAAAACGAUCGUUUCUGUAACCCUGAAACAGGCGACUGUAUGGGGACGCGAUGCGAACACUCCUGGUCUGGCCCUAGCUGCCAGGUUGGCGGCUGCCCACUAGGCUCGUACGGCCCGCCCCUCUGCUCCCACUCCUGCUAUUGUGCCAACUACACCUACUGCCACCCGGAAACGGGAAUCUGCGCCGCCGGAUGUAAGUACGGCUGGUACGGCCAGAACUGCAACAUCGGACGUUGCAAGGCUGGUCUGUUUGACCCGCCCCACUGCCUGUCAUCGUGUAAGUGCCAGAUUCCCGCGUCCUGCAACACGGUGACCAGCGAGUGCGAGAGAGGGGGGUGUGUGGACGGGCUGCUGGGCAAGUACUGUAACCUGACCACCGCCGUCAGCUUCUCGGUGGUGCCCUACAAGAUGCACACAAACUCCACGCAGUUAGCCAUCGUGGGGGCGUGUUUUAUCGGCGCCCUGUGUGUUGCUUAUGUCUGCACGAAAUGGUUUGUGAAAGCGGAAGAGAAACACGUGGCCAGUGAACUCAUUGCUUCAGCAUGA